AAGCACAACGGGGGCGACAAUAUGUUUAUCGAACGUAACUCGUUCUUCCUGCGAGUGGGUGUCAAGUUUCACGCGGCUCCAACGGCCGAGCUUGCCGCCCAACGUUCCGGUGAAAUCUUAUCACUCUCAGAGAAAGAUAGAGAUGAAGGCAGGCCCGCAGGCGCUGCGAUUGCAGUAGUGCAAAUCGCCAAGCAAGUUGCUGCUUUUCUGCUUCGGCAUAUGGCUUUCGAUGCACAGCCGGACGUUGCUUUGGAACGGACAAUGAAAGACGUCCAUGACCGCCUGCCUUCAACGAUUCCUGCAAUUCUAUGGUCGGCUGCUGCACGGAAACUACACUUGAUCGAUUCUGCCGGUUUCGACAAUCGCCUUACUUCGCUUUUGAGGUUGACAACUGGCAAUUCUGAUAGGGAACAUACAUCCGAAGUGAUGCGAUAUCGUCGGACGCUCGUGGUAAAACAGAAGGCACUGAGAAGUCGUCUACCGUUUCCAUGUGUAGACUGUUUUGAUCCUGAAUUGAAUGUAGACCCGAUUAUUCGCCUAAGCAGCUCAGCAAACGAAUGCUUGAUCGACGAACUGAAUCAGCUCGACAAUAUUCUUGCGAGAUCAGAACGAUGGGUCUUUUUCCAAAAAGCUAGGUUGCAGGUAAAUCCGAGUCCACCCGGGGUAUAAGAGUGGUCAAAAAUUUCGAUUCCUUCUUUUUCCGGGCUUGUGUUUGCUUGCUAAGGAUCGUCUUGGAUGGUAAUUUGGGACACGCAGCUGCGUUUGCUGCAUUCUUUUUCCAUUGUUUUAUAGCCUCCGUCUGUUUACUAGUAAAUUGAAGACUCAUAUCAUCGCAGCCACAUGGGUCAAGCCCGGUAAGAAAAACCAAAACUGAUGUCGCCACUUGACUUCCGCAACGUUUGAAAUAUCCUGGUUUGCCUCCCGCCAAAGGGCCUGAUUGAAGAGCUUGCUGAAGAAGCUCAAAAAUUGCUUGCCCUCCUGCACGACGUCCUUCCAAUUCCAAGUCUGGGUAUCGCCGUAGUAUCGCUUUCCACUCGAUGACGCAGUUUUUUGUUGCUUGCAAAACAUUGGUCUGAUAUGUCAGCGGGUUCGCUAAAGCAGUAGUCGACAAAGAGAAUGCGACACGAUUGUUUUUAACCCGCUUUAAUAGAUGCUGUAACUCAUGGUGUUCCUCACUUUCCUCUUCAUCCGAAAUUCCUCUUUCCCUUGUAUUCGACGUCUCAAUUGAUUGCCGGUCUAAAUUCCCAAACCCGCAAUCGACGAUAAACGCUUCCUCGCUUUCCACAUGUUCUGUAUUGUUGUCUAUGGAGUCGACCAAAGCCAAGCAUGUAUUUUCCAUGCAUGUGGGAGCCUCUAGCUGAUCCGGUAUCUCCAGCUUCGUAUGUUUCCGUCUACGAGCGUUGUAUUUUGGCAGUCUCCCGUCCGUUGGUCCUCCACGUCCUCGAAAUACACGCCUGUUGUGGUCCAUCUCGGUCCGCCGCAAUUGCUGCUUUUGUCUCGCCAGCUGGACGCCUGCGCUUCACACUCCGUUUUGGGUUGAAGC